AUGUUCCUGAAAGCAUUGAUCAUUGGUUUGUUUGUCCGUACAACACAUUCAGUAACGUCUCGAUGCUUUUAUCUUCCAAAUAUUGCACUGAUUGGUGGUACUUACGAUGAAUUUAAUGCAAAUGAUAUUAAGCGAUGUUGCAUAGCAUGUGCUCGGGAUCAUUGCUGUCUUGGUUAUACAUACAGCAAAACAAGAAAGCGAUGUUAUUUGAAAUCAGCAGUGUCCAACUCCGAAAUCAAUUAUGAGACAAUUAGUGGUUUAAAGGCGAAUACUCACUCAGGACAAGGCUCAAUUUUGAAAAACGUGAAAAUAGAGGGUGGUGCGACAGCGGCAGUACUUUUUAGGAAGCCCGAAGAAUGUCAGCAGUAUUGUACAGCCUAUGGCAUAUAUUCGUGGAGUCCACCAACUCCAGGAGAAGACGGAGAAGGUCACUGUGUAUGCAUGACUCGUAUUCAAUCACUUCAGUAUUCAUAUGGAUCCCGUUCUGCCAUAUUUCCACCUGUUGCAUCAAUUAGCUGA